AUGGUAUCAUUUUGUAUUGCAGUGGCUCACUCAGUUACAUUUACAUUCACAAAUAAGUGCCGUUACACUAUUUGGCCGGGAACCCUCACUGGUCGUGAUGCUCAAUUAUCGUCAACUGGAUUCGAGUUAGCAUCCAAAGCUUCAUUGUCCCUCGACGCACCGGCCUCAUGGUCAGGCAGGUUUUGGGCGCGGGCUUUUUGCUCUGUGAACGCUAGUGGAAAGUUCACCUGUCAGAGUGGCGACUGUAGCUCCGGCCAGAUAAGUUGUAAUGGUGCCGGUGGAAUUCCACCGGCAACCCUAGUAGAAUUAACCCUAGCAGGUUACAAGGGAAAAGAUUUUUACGACAUUAGCCUGGUGGACGGCUUUAACUUGCCGGUUUCCGUCACCCCUGUAGGCGGAUCCGAUAACUGCAACGCCACGGCAUGCCCGGUCGAUGUCAAUGCCGAUUGUCCAGCAGAACUUGCCUUGAAAAAUUCAGAUGGUGCCACAGUUGGUUGCAAGAGUGCAUGCCUAGCAUUUAAUCAGUCACGGUAUUGUUGCACUGGGGCUUUUGGCUCACCAGAUACUUGUCCACCAACUGACUACUCAAAGUAUAUGAAAGGGAAGUGUCCUCAGGCUUAUAGUUAUGCCUACGAUGAUAAAACUAGCACUUUCACUUGCUCUGGUGGACCAAACUAUGUUAUUACAUUCUGUCCAUGA